UGGCCGCCUCGGGCCGCGGGGGAAGGGAGGUGGCGUAAGGCGCGGCAGCCACUGCGGCGUCUCGGCUGCCAGAGGCCCCUGAGCUCCGCCCCGCGGCCGCGGUGGCCGGGGGUGGGGCCUGUGCGGCUGGGGGUGGGGCCUGUGCGGCUCGGGGCGGGUCCCGCAGAGCGGCGGCUGGUGCGGCCGGUUGCGGGCCGGCGGGAGGGACGCGAGCGCUGCGGUGCUGCCGGGCAGGAGGAUGCCGGUGGGUGCAGCCGCGGGGGCGGAAGGGGCCGCGCAGAGCCCCGGCCCCGCCGCCGUCUCCCUGGGCUUGAGCGUGGCCGUGGUCUCCAGCCUGGUGAACGGUUCCACCUUCGUGCUGCAGAAGAAAGGGAUCGUGAGGGCGAGAGGACGAGGUACUUCAUAUUUAACAGAUAUAGUAUGGUGGUCUGGUACUAUUGCAAUGGCACUUGGUCAAAUUGGGAAUUUCUUGGCCUACACUGCAGUUCCAACUGUGUUAGUGACUCCUCUAGGAGCUCUUGGCGUUCCAUUUGGGUCCAUUUUAGCUUCUUACUUACUGAAAGAAAAACUCAACAUUCUCGGCAAGUUGGGAUGUCUGCUGAGCUGUGCUGGGUCUGUUGUUCUCAUAAUUCAUUCCCCAAAAUCUGAGAGUGUAACGACUCAGGCUGAGCUUGAAGAGAAACUUACAAAUCCAGGGGCCCGCGACAGAACCCCAGACUGGCAGUGGGCUGAGCAGGGCCGGUGGCCAGGACCCCAGCUGGCAGGGGGCUGGACGGCUGGAACCCUAGACCAGCAGUGAGGUGAGCAAAGCCAGCGGCUGGUAUCCUAGGCUGGCAGCAGGCUGAGCGGGGCCGAUGGCCAGGACCCUGGCUGGCAAGGGGCCGGUGGCUGGAACCCUAGACCAUCAGCGGGCUGAGCAGGAUGGCAGAUAAAACCCCAGACUGGCAGCAGCUCACCUGCUGCCAGUCUGGGGUUCUGGCCGCUGGCUCUUGCCAGCCAGGGUCCCGACCGCUGGCCGCGCUCAGCCCGCUGCUGACCUGGGGUUCCGUUCACCCAGGCAGGCAGCAGGCUGAGUGGGGCCGGCGGCCGGGACCCCGGCUAGCAGCAGUGUGCCAGUAAAAAUCAGCUUGCAUGCCACCGGUUGCCGACCCCUGGUGUAUAACAAGAGGUCAAGAACAGUAUCCCAUAGUUAAGUUUGUGGGCUAGCUGUAGGUAAUGCAAACCUUGGUUAUUUAGAGGUGUUGCUAACUCAAUAAUUGGUGUUUUGUUUUAAAACCCCAGCUCACUGGAGUCAUGUGACUACUUGAGACGCUUGGCUUUUGAUUUAAAAGAAAAGUCAGUUGCUAGCUCUCAUAGUUACCGAGAAAAUCAUGAAAAUGCAACCCCAGGGAACGCUAACGGUUCAAAAACCUGAAGGCAAAUAAAAAGAACCCUAAAUGUAUUAUUUUUAAGCCAGUGUCAUGGUUUUUGGAGGCCUGACAUAGUUUGUGAACAUACAGGUUUGACAAUACUGGGGUUAUCAAAUCAAAUAAUUUGAUACAUGGAGGAAAGGACAGACAGCAUUUUACAUCCAAAAAUCUCAGCUGUUAUGAUUUAGACUUGAGAAAUGAUGGAAACAUAUCUUAUGAUAUUAGGCCAGGAGAAGGGAGAAAAGAACUAGCAAACAAAAGGAAAUUUUUGUGCAUUUUAAAAACACUUUUAUACGGGGGUAUGUCACUCUUUCUAGGCAGGAUUUUUCUAGAUGAGGGAAUCAGGUGUUGAAUUUUAAAUAAGGUUUGGCUGAGUUCUUUUUUUACAUAGUAUUGAUUGGAAGAAAAUAUCUUGAUUACUCUAAAGGGUGACUUUGUAAAUGGUAGUAGUUCCCUUUUGUCUGUUUGAAAACUGGAUCCUAAGUAAAUAAAAAUAGACAAGUAGACUUGUAAUUCACUUCUUCAAAUGAUAGCUGUUCUCAAAAGUAGUCAAGCCAUUUUUUCAAAGCAUAAAUUUAGGGUUUAAGGGUUGCACAUUGGUUUGGUAUGCUAGCCAUUAAUCUCUGCAAAUUCAUCCAAAUUCUUUCUCAGUUCAAAGUGAAAAUGACUCUCAUAUCUCAUACAGUCCUUAUUUGGCCAAGUAUGUUUGCUUAUUUAAGUUUUUAUUUAUUAAAAAGGUGCCUAUCCUCAUAUGCUAGGUGCUUAUGCAAAUUUUAAAAUUAUACAAUCCCAAACCAACAAGAUUACCCUGUCCCAAAGCAACCUCUUUCCACAUCUUAAACCAAGUUGUGAUAAGCAGUCUCUAUGCAGGGGAAGACUGAAAUAACAGCUGUAUUCUUUGGUCUUCCUAUCCUCCUUGGAGCUGAUAAACUUCUGCAGGAAUUCUCCUCUUCUCCCCAGCUCCUCCUCAUCCAUGUUCUGAACUUCUUGAAGUGGAGAUACCAAAAGCCAGCACAUAUAGAGAAAAGCUUUUCAAGUGGCCUUGCACAUCAUUUAUACCUAUAGCCUUUUACAUCAUGAAUGAUAAAUAAUGAAAAAAAUUAUUUUUGCUACUCUUUGUUCAGCAAAUAAUGGUGUUCUUUUUAUUUUCUGUCUCUAACUGGAUCUGGCUCAAUUCUAAUUUUAAAACUAUAUUGACGUGUGUAUUGUCACUGUUGAUGGCAUUCUUUCUCCCCUUCCCCUUAUCCCAGACCUCUUACCUUUUCUAUGUCUUUUCAUGUUGCUUCUCUGGUUUAAAAAAAAUUGCACUGUUGAAGGGAACUGUCAACUCUUCUCUCUUCCUCCCCCAAGGCAAGGGAGCACCUUUGAAUAAUACUUCUGAGUUCCAUCGUCUCAGGGAGAAAAUAAUUGUCUCCUGAGCUUUGGUCUUCCUGCUACUGGGCCCAGCCUUUUCACGUUGCUUCAUAAAUUAUUUAUAUCGAUAGCCAAGAGCCAGAUUACUUAAAUUCUGAUUCCAAAGCAGAAAUGACAGAGGAUAUACCUAAAAAGUGUUGUAAAGUGGACUGAUAAUAUUGAUGGGAUUCAUUAAAAUAUAUUUAUUUCCACAGUGAAAGGAGUUUCUUAGUGUCUGUGGCUUCUGUUAAAUUUAUCAGACAUAUUUACAUAUACAGUGCUCUUAAUCUGUUGAAGAUAGAUUUUUGAGAUCUAUUAGCCAUUCAAAGUAUGGAGGAUUGACAUGUGUAGGCCCCACUAUCAUUAGUAGGUGUUACCCACAUAAAUCCCCCAAACAUCCAACAGAAGAAUAGAACCGUUUUUGAUGCAACCAAAAAAUGUUUUUUCCUAAAUAUCUGUGUAUAAAAAGCAAACUGUCUAAAGAAGAUAGCUCUUGUACUAAUUAUCCAGGAUACUGUAUGUGCAAAUAAAGCCUAUUCAUUAGUCACCUGAAACUAACAUGAAUAAGAAUGUUAUAUACACUAUGACAAGUGAUGCUUCCUAAUAAUAAUUUUGGUUUAGACUGACUGUAUAUGUAUUUUUCUGAAGUAACUAGCACUGACAGUGAAAGCACUGGAUUUUGUUUGUUAAAAUAAUGGAAGCUGUAAGCUUUACUUUCACUUUUUAUUUUAAAAUAAGAGGCUUUUUUAUUACAAGAAGGAUUUAAAGAAAAUAAAUACAGGGACCUCAAACUGCAAUGCACUGAAAGGUGAAAUGUACCACUCUCACCUUCUUACUUAAACAUAGGACAUUGUAAUACUUCCCAUACUGUCCUUAGAUAGUGUAAUCUACAGAACUGCUGAAGUUUAUUAUUGAAACAAAUUUAUAUCUAAUUAUACUUAACUUCUUGCCUUCAAGGAGAUUAGCCUUUAUAAUUAACUCUUUGGGGCCAGGGAAUAUGGGGUUUAAGUGCUGCAGAAUAUGUUAGUGCACGUAGCAUUUGCACUAAUAAUGUUAGGAGCUCCAGAACUCUUAGUGCCAAAGUAUUUCAUACAGCAGUGUUGAAACUGAAAGAUUGCAAAGGGUGAAAAUUAGGAAAUGGAAAGUCCAGAAUACUUUGGGGGGAAAUGUUUUUAAAGAAUUAAGUUUUUAUUUUUUCUGUUCAGGUGGUUUGCACUUUGCGGAGAAAAAUAUGUUACACAGAAGGGAUAAUCCUGAACUAUUUUUUAAAUGAGGGGAUUCUUUUCCUCCUCCUCCCCGUGUGUGUUUAAAUUAAUUUUAAUGGAACGUGGAAAAAAUGGAUGGGAACAAAUAUACAGUGUCAGAGGUUUGGUUACUUAAAUACUACUGCAAUAUAGUUACUACAGGUAAAAUGAAAAUGGACUAUUUUAGCUUCCGAAUAAUGUGUAUAUAGAUUUGUUAAUGGCUUACAAGUUUAGCUUACUAUCUUUGAUUUUUAAAAAUAGAUAUAGGCAUGUUGUAUUUGCCUUGUGUAAAUUAUAAAAGGCUAUUUAUUAAGGUUUCUGAUAACUAAACUAUUUAUUAAUCUGUAACAUUUUAAAAUAAAUAACUUAUUUCUA